AUGACUAUUAACAACAUAAGUAAUAGUUCUGAAUUACCUUUACUCGAUGACGACGAUAGAGAAUUUUCUCAUAAACUCGGCAUUAUACAAGGUUGCAUUUAUAUUCCAAUUUUUUGCGCCGGCAUCGCCAAUAAUUUGUUAACUAUCUUGAUUAUUUUACUAAAUCGAGAUAUGCAUACAGUUACAAACUGUUAUUUAUUGAAUUUAGCGAUUAGCGAUAGUUUACCAUUAAUUGUUAGUUUACCAUUUGAAAUAGCGUUCUUACCAAUUACAUUCCCAUUGAAUCAAUUUGGUUGUAAACUUCGAAGUCUGCUUGCUGAAACAUCAACCAAUGCAUCGAUUCUGACAAUUAGUGCAUUUACAAUCGAACGUUAUAUAGCUGUGUGUCGACCACUUCACACUACAUUUUUAUCAACAACAGGACGUGCAAUUAAAAUUCAAAUAUUAAUAUGGUUUAUUGCUAUCCUAUCAUCUACACCUUAUUUAUAUAUAACAAAGAAAUCCGAAAGUCAUUGUUAUUUCGAUCCAGAUUUUCAAGCAUUCGAAAAAAAAUGUCUACAAAUAUCGGCCACAUUUUUUUUCGUUUUACCGGCAUUUAUUCUUUGUGUACUAUAUGCAUUAAUGGCGCGACGUUUAUAUUCGGCUAGUUUACUUGGCGAUGGAUAUUGGUCAAAAUCUGAUUAUAGAGAAUCCUAUUCGACAUCAAUACGCGCUAAAAAUGAUGAACAGGAUAAUAAUGAUUUAGAACAAAAACGAACAAAAUCUCGUAAUUCACCAACAUCUUCGAUUACAAGAAAAUAUGCAUCUAUACGACUGAGUAAUUAUAGUUCUUCAGGUGCACAAGGACAAAAUAUGCAAUCAAUGAAAAAAUCAGCUUUCAAAAUGCUCUUCGCUGUUGUCAUUGCGUUUAUCAUAUGUUAUGCUCCAUUUCAUGUGCAACGGCUGGUUGCCAGCAGUUCAAAUGCUCUUCAUUUAACAUUAGUUCAACGACGUGCAAUAGCCAUAUUUUAUUUCGUUAGCGGUAUUUUAUAUUAUCUUGGCUCAACAAUAAAUCCAAUUUUUUACCAUUUAUUUUCUCAUAAAUAUCGCGAGGCAUGUUUACGUACCAUGAAACGAAUUGUUCGUUGCCAACGAGACCAUCAUCAUUAUUAUUAUCAUCAUCAUCAUCAUCAUCAUCAUCAUCAUCGCUACCACGAUAAAAAUAAUAAUAGUCAUAAAUAUUCUCGUCCGACCUAUAAAUCACCUGCAGUCGCACAUCUUGUCGUAUGCGCAAAUUUACCUCGGCCCUCGUUACAUUUAACAACUAAACCUAGACUUUCAAAAACACUUGAUCCAAUCUAUCAAGUGCCUAGUAGAUAUAAUACUAGUCUCGAUUUGACUUGUAAUAAGCAACAUGUUAUACGGUUAUCGUUACCUUCAUUCAGUACUGAGCGAUUGCGAGUAUGA